AGCCAGCGCAUGGCGAGUGCCUCCCACUUCCACCCUUAGGAGCGUUGUCCCCAGCCAUCCUUGAGUUUCUAGUCUGCCCUGUCCCCCACCUUCUCCCCGUCCUCUGCCAUGGCCACCUCAGGACGUCUCGGCUUUACUGUACGCAGCCUUCUGAAUUUACCGGAGCAGGACGCGAAGCCCGGGGUGAGGCGCGAGCCACAGACGUGCGUUCCCCAGACCGCCGCCUGGCUGGAAUCGGAGCGCAGCCACUACCCUUCCUCAGAUGAAAGCGGACUGGAGACAAGCCAAGUAGAUUCCUCGCAGCUGGCUUCCCCGGGGCGGGCGUCUCCAGGCUCCGACGCGGAGAAGAGGAGGAAGCGGCGGGUGUUGUUCUCCAAGGCCCAGACCUUGGAGUUGGAGAGGCGCUUCCGGCAGCAGCGGUACCUGUCAGCUCCGGAACGGGAGCAGCUGGCUCGACUCUUGCGCCUCACGCCAACUCAAGUCAAGAUCUGGUUCCAGAAUCAUCGUUACAAGCUGAAGCGUGGGCGAGCGCCAGGGGUCACAGAGUCGUCGGAUCUGGAAGCACCAGCUGAUCCGCACGCAGCUCCAGGCCUACUGCACCGCGUGGUGGUGCCGGUGCUGGUGCCCGAGGGUCCACCGUCCAGGGGUGAGGGGACCGCUGCGGUGGCCCAGGACAAGUGCAGGGGACGCCAGGCCACGGCGUGCCCAGUGCCCGGCUACACCGCCUUCGGGCCUGGCUCAGCGUUGGGACUCUUCCCUGCUUACCAGCACUUGGCACCACCAGCUCUGGUCUCCUGGAACUGGUGAGGCUGCCGCGAGGUGCCUAGAGCCACCCUGGACUUGGGGCACCGCUGUUCGGCCCACUGC